CGCUUUACAUGAACGAGGAAGAGAUGACUGACGCGUUAUUAUCGCCUGGUCACGUGGCCACGUCGCUGGAGGGGGGGGAUUUAGCAUCAUGGCGGAACGCAGGAGACACAAGAAACGGAUCCAGGAGGUGAGCGAACCGACCAAGGAGGAGAAGGCAGUGGCCAAAUACCUCCGCUUUAACUGCCCUACCAAGUCCACUAACAUGAUGGGCCACAGAGUCGACUACUUCACAGCCUCUAAAGCAGUGGAUUGUCUGCUCGACUCUAAAUGGGCCAAAUCGAAGAAACCUGAAGAAGCUUUAUUCAGCACCAGAGAGUCUGUGGUGGAUUACUGCAACAGGCUCCUGAAGAAGCAGUUCUUCCACCGGGCUCUGAAGGUGAUGAAGAAGAAGCCAGAGAAAGAUCCAAAGAAGGAGAAGGUGAAAGGUGACGGAGGCAAAGAGGAGGAGAAGAAGAGCAAGAAGGAGAAGGAAAAAGAGAAGGAGAAGAAGAAAGACACCGAGGCCACAGACACCAAGAAGGAGAAGAGCGAUGAAAGUCCAGGAUCCCCGAAGAAGAAGAAGGAGAUUAAGAAGAAGUUUAAACUGGAGCCUCAUGAGGAUCAGCUGUUUCUAGAUGGAAACGAGGUGUAUGUGUGGAUUUAUGACCCGGUCCAUUUUAAAACCUUUGCGAUGGGGCUGGUGUUGGUGAUUGCAGUGAUAGCUGCCACACUGUUCCCCCUGUGGCCGGCAGAGAUGAGGGUGGGUGUGUAUUACCUGAGUGUGUGUGCAGGCUGCUUCGUCGCUAGCAUCCUCCUCCUUGCUGUUGCUCGUUGUAUUUUGUUCCUGAUUAUCUGGUUGGUCACUGGGGGGCGCCAUCACUUCUGGUUUCUCCCCAAUCUGACGGCGGAUGUGGGCUUCGUCGACUCGUUCCGUCCUAUUUACACACACGAGUACAAGGGCCCCAGGACGAGCGGCAAGAAGGGCACGGGGAAUAAGUCCGAGGGCAAGGGCACCAAGACGCAGAAAUCAGACAGCGAGGACAAAUCGGACGGCGAGAAGAAGGAGGAAGAGGACGACGAAGUGGAGGAUGAAGAGGAAGAGGAGGCAGGGAAGGAGGUGGAGGCGGAUCGGCGCUCGGAUUCGGACGGCGAGCGUAGAGAGGAUGACGGCUCGCAGCACAGCAACGGAAACGACUUCGAGAUGAUCACGCGUGACGAGCUGGAGCAGCACACGGAAGAUGAGGAGGAAGAGGAAGAGGAAGUUCAAGAGGAAGAAGAGUCUAAACCGCACCAGACAUAAACUGUGUAAUCGUUAGUGAGAUUCGCCCAUCACAUCGCACAUUGCGAUCUUCCACUACAGAAACACACAGGGGUCAAAGGUCAACUACGCAAAAAGCUGGGACAUGGCUUCUGGCAGCCAUUUUGGAUUUAUUUUAUUUCCUAGUUUAAGAAAGAAAACACACACACACACACACACACACACACACACACACACACUUAUACAAAUACACACACUGUCUGUGUUUACUGCUUGUGUAACUACCAUAAACUCUCUUAAUGCCUGUGUGAGUGUGUUCGAGUCGAUGCGUGAGUGUGUGUGUGUCAGUAUGUGAGUGUGUUUGAGUCAAUGCGUGAGUGUGUGUGUGUGUGUGUGUGUGUGUGUUUACCAGAUGAUCUAACACACUCAUUCAUACUAAAUUGAUCAUCGUAGGCUGCUGUUCAGUUUGGACCAAUGUUUCUUAUUCGUGUGUGUGUGUGUGUGUGUGUUUAAUGUCUAUCUCUUGUAUGUUCUUUGAGGCGAUCACAUGACUAAUCAUAAACAUCAUCUAAGCCCCACCUACAUUUAUAUUCCUCAUAGGCGUUACUUAACCAAUCAGAUUCCUGCUUGAAUCCUAUUGGUCGGUGUCGGCACAGAAAGAGUCCUUCGUUAGUGCCAAAUCAUCGCUUCCUGUUUUACAGUAAAUCAGUAAUAAAUAAAAAAAAGUCACAGGUCCUGUCUGUACUGGUUACCAUGGCAACUGAUCUCCUGAUUUGACGUGGCUGUGUCCCAAACCGCACUGAUUAGUACAGAGAAAAACAAAGUCAUUUUAAUUGAUGAUGAUGAAACGUUGCUCUCUCACCAUGUUCCUCUAGAUGUGUCUCAGACAUGAGCUCCAUCCCUCCUAAGGUCAGACUCUCAGAGGACAAGUGCUUUGUGUUGAUUGUGGGUGUGGCAGGAGCAGUAUCCAUGGCUUAGGGAGUGUAGACGUGGGACCCCCCCACACACACACACACACACACACACAGUAGGAUCACUCGGGACGAUGGUUUGGAUUUUUAGUUUCUUCUCGGCUCAUUAACACGCCGUCCUGUUGCUCUGUCGCUCCUUAGAGACGGGUUCGGAUCAAACGUGGGUUAGUGAGAAAUGUAGCUAUUAUUAUCAUUCACACACACACACACACACACACACACACACUGGUGUGUAGGUUAUAAUCAGAGAUGAAACAGCAUCAUGUGACCUGGUGGAUUGGGACACGGCCGAGCUUCAGCUCUGUGCUUUAUAUACACGUCAAUAUUUAGGGACCUGUUAGGUUUCAUCUGUGUAAUUGUGUUUAUCUGAAUAGAUGACAUCAGGUAGUGAAAGGUUCUGAAUCUCACACACACACACACACACACACACACACACACUGGAUGGCGUAGGGAAAUGAACUGUCUCAGCAUUUCUUACUGUUCGUCUCAUCUGCAUCUUCAUUUACAUAUUCAUGUUUUCCGUUUCUCUGUGACGUCACUCCCGAGUGCCAGAAGGUGUUUUUUUUUAAACGGCUAUAUUCAGAUAUAAACCUGAGUGUCACCUGUUGUGUGUUAAUGAUUAUAAUAAUGUAUUAAUACAUGCAGCAUAUUUCUAAAUGUGUACAAAUUAAAAGAAGGGAAAAAGCAA